AUGAAAGAAACACCUGCAGAAUUCUCAGUAAAAAUUUAUCUCGCUUUAACACUCCGAUGUGGAAGAUACUUCAUCUCAAGUAGAAAUCAAACAUUUUGCUGGAAAAAAGAUGACAAUGACCAUUCAAUAGACGAGUCACUUUCUUCAGAUGACAAUGACCCUUCGAAAAACAACCGUUGUCCUUCGCAACCGGAGAAUGAAGAGGAGGAUUUUGUUGUGCAAUCCACGAAGAAACUUAAAAGCUGGCAUGUAAGUUCGCGCUUCAUAACUUGGAUAGAGAAAUGUGCAAAUAUGAAAGCCAUUUGGCUAGAUAGACUGGAUGAAGCUACACAAAAAUCUCGCAGCAUUAUAGGAGACAUUGUUGAACAACUAAAAGCAAAUAAUGUUAUUGUAACUCCGGAAUUUUUCGGAAGAGCUUCCGAAAAUUUUCCAUCGGAAACAUUUGAAAGAGAAUUUGAUGUCAUGCUUGUUUAUAACGUGAAGGGAACUAUUGAGAAAAUACCAUCUCCUAUUGCCGACCGCUGUUUUAUGAUGGUAAAAUCUGGAGAAAGCAUACCAAUACCAUCAGUAACUGUCGAGGAUGAUCAUAAUCGUUACUUAAAACCAUCCUCUAUGUUGGAGUACUUUAAAGAAAACAUUGAUAUAAGUUGCAGAAAAUAUGAACGAGAGCAUUGGAAUACAAAUACAGAACUUCGUGGCCAAAGCAUUCUAAUGAAAGUCUCAAUACCGGUUAUUUUUUUUAGUCUUUGA